GGUUGGUUUGCUUGCAUCGUAUAGCGAUUGUUUCCGGAGAUGAUACAGAAGGCAAUUGUACUGUGUAGGCUACAAUUAGCCCAGCGUUUGUCCCUUUGCAGCCGUCUUGUAUUAAGUCUUAAAUUUAAACAUAUACUGAUGUUGUGAGAACAACCGCAUUCGCGCGUCUGACAAUUUGACAUGGUGAAACGGAAAAGCCAGGACGAUACGCAGCCGGAUUAUGGCCGAGGCAUCCCCUUCCCAAUACAGACAUUUCUGUGGCGACAGACCAGCGCCUUUCUGCGACCAAAGUUGGGAAAGCAAUAUGAAGCAUCCUGUGUGUCAUUUGAACGUGUGUUGGUGGAGAAUAAGCUCCAUGGCCUUUCCCCUGCAUUGACUGAGGCUAUCCAGAGCAUUCCUCGUCAUGAGCUGCUCCAAGCAGCACUGCCUCAUGUUCUUCACUGCACUGCCAUAUUGUUGUCCAACAGAAACAAAUUGGGGCACCAGGAUAAGUUAGGUGUGGCAGAGACAAAGCUCUUACACACAUUACACUGGAUGCUAUUGGAGGCUCCUCAAGAGUGCCCUCCAGGGUAUGGGCAGGGACUUGGCAGCAGUCAUGCUCUCCUGGCAAACCAGAGUGCCGCAUUCCCCAAUGCCUCUACAGAGGAGGAUGAGAAUGUCCGUUUCAAAUUGUACCAGCGCAGCAUGGCCACUGUUGAGUUGUUCAUAUUUCUGUUUGCUCCUCUCAUCAACCGAAUAAAGGAGUCAGAUCUAACCUUUAGAUUGGCCAGUGGCUUGGUCAUUUGGCAACCAAUGUGGGAGCACCGUCAGCCUGAUGUACCAGUUUUCUCUGCCUUCAUCAAACCUGCACGCAGCAUUGUAACAGCCAAAAGAACAUCUACUGGGAUCAAACUGUGCCCCUCGCAAAGUGACAGUAACCCUGGGACCAUGGGUGUUCAGGUGGUCUGUGAGACAAGCCAAUCAAGUACCUCUCCCUCUGCUGGAGGACAGAGUUGCCGUCGUGGUAAUUCUGUGGAGAGUAGCGGCCUCUCACAACAGCCUUCACAGAAGAGGUUUUCGGCUCCUGAUGGUGUUGCAGUGUCCUUCUCACAGAAGGCACGGUAUGCCACGUUUUUUGAUGUGGCAGUACUGCGUUGCCUCCUGCAGCCUCACUGGGUAGAGGAAGGUGUUUACUGGGCACUUAUGUUCUACCUGCAUCGGCUCAGGGAGAUACUGGAGGAAAAACCCCAUAAACAGUCAGAACCACCAAACACAGCGCUGCCACGCCCCCGAAGUUCCUCUAUGGUGGCUGUGACUCCCUCAUUGGUCAACACACACAAGACACAGGACAUGCUGAAGUGUAAUGAAGAGGAAAAGUCUCUGAGCUCAGAGACCUUUGGUAAAGUGUCUCUUACCAACCUGAGGAGGCAAGCUGUUCCUGAUCUAUCUUCAGACCUGGGCAUAAAUAUCUUUAGGAAGUUCAAGAACCGCCGGGAGGACCGUGAGCGUAAAGGUUCGAUACCGUUUCAUGUGGGAGGAGCCAAGAAGCGCCAACGGCGUAUGGGUGUUCCUUUCCUGCUACAUGAGGACCACCUAGAAGUUUCUCCUACAAGAAGUACCUUCUCCUUCUCCAGCUUAAGUGGCCUCACAGAUGACCGGCGACCUCUUGACCGUGGUGGUUGGCAGGCAACAAUUAUGGGAAAGUUCACUCGGCGUGGCAGCACAGAGAUGGCGACAGACACUGACAGUCUGUCUGUAAAACACACCCAUUCGCAUCACAAUCUGCCAGAGCAUACUAACAGCCAUGUAGACAACACCAUCAAAGAGGGCGUGCAAUCUCAGAUCUCCACAAUCACCAUGGCAACAUUCAACACUACAGUGGCAUCAUUUAAUGUGGGCUAUGCUGACUUUUUCACUGAGCACAUGAAGAAACUUUGCAGCCCUGUGCCCAUCCCUGAGAUUCCCAAUGAACCCCUGGCAUGUGCAAAUCUGCCCCGUUCUCUAACUGACUCAUGCAUCAAUUACUCUUCGUUAGAGGAGGGGGACAACAUUGACGGAACCAAUAACUUCAUCCUGAAGAAUGGCAUGCUUGAUCUCACAGCAGUGCUCCGUGCUUUGUAUGCAGUGCUCAAUCAUGACAUCAGCUCACGGGUGUGUGACGCUGCGCUCAGUAUCAUUGAGUGUUUGUUACAGCUUGGUGUCCCGGGAAAGAACAAGUGGCAAACUUGCAACAAGGACAAUUCAGAAGCACGAUCCAGAGACGGAAGCAAUCUUAGGACACCAAUGGGAGAGUUUGGAGUGGGACCUGAUGGAGGAGGUGGGGAUGGAGAUGGGGGUGGAGGAGAUGGAAGAGAUAGCAAAGAUAACAUAAAAAAUAACAAACCAAAGGAGGAAGAGACCUCGUCUUUAAGCCCGCAUAGGUUGGCACUUACUAUGCUGAUCAAGAUAGUGAAAUCACUUGGCUGUGCCUAUGGCUGUGGAGAGGGUCAUCGAGGCCUGUCUGGAGACCGGCUGCGGAUGCAGGCCCAAAGUUGCCUUACUACCUUAUACAAGAUGGAUAAGGUUCAGUUCCGUCAGACAAUGAGGGAGUAUGUCAACAAAGACUCACUCAACAAUGUUGUGGACUUUCUUCAUGCACUUCUGGGAUUCUGCAUGGAACCCAUCACUGACAAGCACGGCCUUGCAGGUGACCGUUUCCACCGGGAGCAUAAGAAAACGCUCGAUAAGGCAGGGUUUGGGAAUAACUUCACCACAGGAGGGGACAAGUCUGUCGCCCAGAGCAUGGAAUCAGUUGUUGUGGGCUGUAUGUUCAAGUCCCUAAUCACACGAUGUGCCUCCACCACACAUGAACUCCACAGCCCAGAGAAUCUGGGUCUGUACUGUGACAUCAGGCAACUGGUGCAGUUCAUAAAAGAAUCUCAUGGCAAUGUGUUCCGGCGUGUAGCUCUAAGUGCCCUGUUGGACAGCACAGAGAAACUCACAAGUCAACGCAAACCUGAGGAGAAAGAAGACGUCAAUAAACCACCUACACGCAGGUCAGAGUUGGGAACAUUGGGUGAAAAGGGCCAGUCAGCCUCUGCUGCUGAUGAGUGUCGCAGCUGCAUCUCCAGCCGACCCCCUCAAACACCAGAACAUGAGGAACAGAUUCCAGGUGCUCUACUGGGAAAGAAAGAUUUCUGGAGGAAAAUGUUCAAGUCCCAGAGUGCAGCAAGUGACACUAGUAGCCAAUCAGAGCAGGACACGUCAGAGUGCACUACGGCUCAUAGUGGUACCACCAGUGAGAGGCGCUCACGCUCAAGAUCACGACGCAUCUCUCUGCGCAAGAAACUCAAGUUACCCAUUGGUAACUGGCUGAAACGCUCUUCCUUGUCUGGUUUAACGGAUGGUGUAGAAGACCUAUUAGACAUCAGUUCAGUGGAUCGCCUCUCUUUCAUUCGCCAGAGUUCAAAGGUAAAAUUUACAAGUGCAGUUAAGUUGUCUGAGGGUGGUGGGAUGGAAUUUGGCCAUGACGAAGAGGAGACCUUCUUCAAGCGGCUCGGUAAAUGGCGAUCAGGCCGGCGGAACCCCUCGAAGGUCCACCAUACAGAAGACAAAGAUGGAUGUCAUAGUUUCCAGGAGAGGCUGGUAGCCAGUCAGGAGGCUCUGAAGAACCGGAAUGUUGUUAACCUUGGUGCAAUUCGACAAGGAAUGAAGAGAUUCCAGUUUCUCCUCAACUGUUGUGAGCCUGGUACCAUUCCGGAUGCAUCCAUACUGGCUGCUGCUCUUGAUCUGGAAGCUCCAGUUGUUGCAAGAGCUUCACUCUUUCUGGAGUGUGCACGGUUUGUGCAUCGCUGUAAUCGCGGCAACUGGCCUGAGUGGAUGAAGGGCCAUCAUGUCAAUAUUACCAAGCGAGGUUUGUCACGUGGACGCUCACCGGUUGUUGGAAACAAAAGGAAUCAAAAGCUUCAGUGGAAUGCUGCCAAACACUUCUGCCAAUGGGGCGACGCUAUCGGUACACGUUUAAGUGAACUGUGCCACUCAGACAGUGAGAGUCCAGCAAAUAUCCUUGGCUUCAUCUUUGAUGAGGAGACCAAACGGAAGAUGAGGAAGGAGGAUGAGGAAGAAGAUUACUUGGAUGAUAACACCGUGAAUCCUACCAAAUGUGGCUGCCCAUUUGCUCUGAAGAUGGCAGCAUGCCAGUUGCUGUUGGAGAUCACCACCUUCCUACGAGAGACUUUCCCUUGCCUACCCCGUCCACGCACUGAACCCCUGGUUGACCUGGAUAGUUGUCGUCUUCGUUUGGACCCUGAGCUAGGACGUCAUCGAUAUGAGCGCAAGAUUAGUUUUGCUGGUAUCCUGGAUGAUGAGGAUGGACAUGAUUCCCUGAAUAGCAGCAGCCACACGCUCAAAUCCGACACUGCUUUUGAUGACAAAAAAAAUCAAGACACCAUCGGUCCUAACAGAAAGAUUCGAAUUGGCGGAUCACGUUUGCUACAGAUUAAAGGAGCAAGGAGUUUUAGAGUGAAAAAGGGGGGAUCUCUCUCUUCGAUCAAACGUGCAGGGAGUCUAAAGAGCACUAAGAUGUCCCGACAGGAUUCUGAGUCUGAGAACGAAGAAGGACUUCUGUCUCAGAGCAGAGAUACAGUCACUGACAUAGGAAGUCCAUGCAGCACAAGUGAGCCAAGUAUUGAACCGGAAAGACAGAGUACAGGAGCUGGUGAAGAGAACUAUCAUCGCAACAUGUCUUGGCUACACGUGAUGAUUCUACUGUGCAAUCAGCAGAGUUUCAUCUGCACACAUCAAGAUUUCUGUCACCCUCGUUGCUACCAGCAUCAUAGUCGAUCAUGUGCUCGCCUCGUCCGAGCAAUCAAGCUGUUGUAUGGGGAAACAGUGGAUGGUCUAAGAGAUGCAUCUGGAAUGAACAUUGGGACAAGGACAAAGAAGAACAAAGAGUGCUCAGAUAAGUCCUGUCUCAGGACCCCAUCCAUGAAAAGACGUCCCACUGACAGUAAUACAGAAGGGAAGAAGGACACUGGAAUGCUCAAGUACAUCCGCAAUCAGGUGAUGAGUCUGUCUCCAGCACCACUCUCAUUGCUGAUAAAAGCAGCACCUAUUCUCACUGAGGACAUGUAUGGAGACAUCCAGCCUGCUGCCUGGGAGCUGCUUCUAAGUGUGGAUGAACAUAUGGCUGCUGCCGCUGCCGCAAUGUUCCUGCUGUGUGCAGUAAAAGUCCCUGAUGCUGUGUCAGAGAUGAUGUUGGCUGAGUUUCAACAUCAAGAGGCAGGUCAGCGCAUCAGUUCUGUAUUGAAAUUCCAAACACUCUGGCGCUUCCGUUACCAGGUGUGGCCCCGUAUGGAGGAGGGUGCACAGCAAAUUUUUAAGAUUCCACCUCCCAGUAUCAACUUCACUUUACCUUCUCCCAUCUUGGGUAUGCCAUGUGUGCCCAUGUUUGAUCCUCCAUGGGUGCCCCAGAACACAGGCAGUGUGCAGGAUCCAAUCAACGAAGACCAGUCGAAGUCAUUCUCGGCACGUGCAGUGUCACGUUCUCAUCAACGGGCUGAACACAUUCUCAAAAAUUUGCAGCAGGAGGAGGAAAGAAGGAGGCUGGGCCGGGAGGCAUCUAUUAUCACAGCCAUACCCAUCUCUCAUGAAGCCUGCUAUGAGCCCACCUGCAGCCCCCCACCUGAACAGGAGGAAGAGGAGGAGGUUAUAAAUCUGGCCUCGCGGCGUCUUUCAGUGAGCCCCUCCUGUGCCUCCUCAAAUUCUCAUAGGAACUACUCCUUUCGCAGAGGCUCUCUGUGGAGUGUGCGCUCUGCUGUCAGUGCGGAAGAUGAGGAUAAUACCACAGAACACACCCCUACACACCAUGUUGUACAGCCGCCUCAAGCCGUCUUUCCAGCAUGCAUUUGUGCUGCUGUUCUGCCUAUUGUACACUUAAUGGAGGAUGGGGAGGUUCGUGAAGAUGGAGUUGCAGUGAGUGCUGUUGCACAGCAGGUGUUGUGGAACUGUUUGAUUGAAGACCCUGCUUUAGUGCUUCGACAUUUCUUGGAGAAGCUCACUGUUAGCAACAGACAGGAUGAGCUGAUAUACAUGCUGAGAAAGCUCCUGCUUAAUAUUGGAGAUAUGCCUGCCCAGACAUCACACAUUCUUUUCAACUACCUGGUGGGCUUGAUCAUGUAUUUUGUGCGCACACCAUGUGAAUGGGGUAUGGAUGCCAUCUCAGCUACACUGACAUUCCUGUGGGAGGUUGUAGGUUAUGUGGAGGGACUGUUCUUUAAGGAUCUCAAGCAGACCAUGAAAAAAGAGCAGUGCGAGGUGAAGUUGCUGGUUACAGCCUCCAUGCCAGGAACUAAGACUUUGGUGGUACAUGGACAGAAUGAGUGUGACAUCCCCACACAAUUGCCUGUGCACGAGGACACUCAGUUUGAAGCACUUCUUAAGGAGUGUCUGGAGUUUUUUAAUAUCCCAGAGGCACGCUCUGCUCAAUACUUCCUCAUGGACAAGCGCUGGAACCUCAUUCAUUAUGCAAAGACUUAUGUGAGAGACAUUUACCCCUUCAGAAGAUCUGUAUCCCCUCAACUCAACCUGGUACACAUGCUGCCAGAGAAAGGACAAGAGCUAAUUCAGAAGCAGGUGUUCACCCGUAAGCUGGAGGAGGUUGGACGUGUUCUCUUCCUCAUCUCCUUAACACAGCACAUGCCUGCCACUCACAAGCAGUCACAUGUGUCCCUUCUGCAAGAAGACCUGCUGCGUCUUCCCUCAUUUCCCAGGACUGCUAUCAAUGCUGAAUUCUCCCUUUUCAACGAGUCACAGGGCAAAGAACUGUUUGGCUUGGACACUCUUCACAAGAUGCUGUGGAUUAAGCUCUUGGAGGAAAUGUUUUUGGGCAUGCCCAGUGAACACCCGUGGGGAGAUGAGAUGAUGCUGUUCUUGAAUGUUUUGAAUGGUGCACUGCUACUACACCCAGAAGACAGCGCCCUCCUCAGGCAGUACACCGCCACAGCCAUCAACACAGCUGUACACUUCAACCAUCUCUUUUCUCUCAGUGGAUACCAGUGGAUUUUGCCAACAAUUCUGCAGGUAUAUUCUGAUUAUGAAAGUAACCCGUUGUUCAGAAAGGGUAUUGAGUUCUGCUGCCGACAGUUCUACAUUCUCCACCGUAAACCUUUUGUCCUGCAGCUGUUUGCUAGUGUUGCACCGCUGCUGGAGUUCACAACCAGCACCAGCACUGGGUUAGCCAAAGGAGUCUCGGCCCAGUGUCUUUUUGACUUACUUGUGUCUUUGGAGGGUGAGACUAAUGAUGCACUUGAUGCCCUUGAGCUUGUCAAGGCAGAGAAGCCACUACGUUCAUUGGACUUUUGCUAUGGAAAUGAUGACUUGGCUUUCACCAUCAGUGACUCCAUCAAACUAUGCGUGACAGUUGUUGCAUAUGCACCUGAGUCCUUCAGAAGUCUACAGAUGCUGAUGGUUCUAGAAGCAUUGGUGCCAUGCUACCUGCAGAAACUUAAGAAGAACACAGUGGCACUGGAAUCUGCAUGUGCAGCAAGGGAUGAGAUUGCUGCCAUUGCAGCGCUUGCUACAUCACUCCAGGCCUUACUCUAUAGUGUGGAGGCUUUGACACGACCGAUGACAGCCCCUCAGCUGAGUCGUUGUGAUCAAGGUCAUAAAGGAGCUACUGCUGCCAACCACACUCUGUCUGGAGGAGCCCACACACGUGAUGACCUGAAUCUGCUGGAGGAGGGUCAAGGUGUUCCACGCGAGGAGCUUGAUGAGAGGAUUGCACGUGAGGAGUUCAGACGACCACGAGAGUCUCUGCUUAACAUUUGCACUGAGUUCUACAAGCACAGUGGCCCCAGGCUCAAGAUUCUUCAGAAUGUUGCAGGAGAGCCACGCGUAACUGCUCUAGAGCUUCUGGACAUCAAAUCACACAUGAGAUUGGCUGAGAUUGCCCACUCCUUGUUGAAGCUGGCGCCAUAUGACACACUGACCAUGGAGAGUCGUGGGCUGCGUCGCUACAUAAUGGAGAUGUUGCCCAUCACUGAUUGGUCGACGGAGGCAGUUCGUCCUGCACUCAUCCUUAUUCUAAAGCGCCUGGAUAGAAUGUUCAACAAGAUCCACAAGAUGCCAACGCUCAGGUGCGCUCGCCCACAGGCUCUGGGCUCCAGACGGCAGGUGGAAUGGGAGGCAGCAAGUAGUCUGAUUGAAGGGAUCUGUCUGACAUUGCAGCGACAGCCAAUCAUCUCCUUCUUGCCUCAUCUGCGCUCACUCAUUAAUGUCUGCGUCAACCUGGUGAUGGGUGUUGUAGGUCCCUCUAGUGUUGCUGAUGGCUUACCUCUGCUUCACUUAAGCCCCUACCUGUCUCCACCCCUCCCUUUCAGCACUGCAGUGGUGCGACUUGUAGCUCUGCAGAUACAGGCUCUGAAGGAUGACUUCCCACUAAGCCAUGUGAUAUCCCCUUUCACCAAUCAAGAACGACGAGAGAGUAUGCUGCUCAACCUUCUGAUCCCAUUUGUACUCACAGUGGGGUCUGGAAGCAAAGAUAGUCCUCAUCUGGAGCAACCAGAGGUUUUGCUUCUGCUUCAAACGGUUUUGAACAUCCUCCUGCCCCCACGCAUCAUUAGCACUUCCCGUAGCAAGAGCUUUAUGUUGGAUUCCUCUCCUGCCCACUGUUCCACCCCUGGGGACACAGGAAAAGACUUGCGCAGAGAAGGAUUGACAGAGUCAACUAGUCAAGCUGCCUAUUUGGCUCUUAAGGUGGUGUUGGUGUGUUUUGAGAGGCAGUUGGGCAGCCAGUGGUACCAGCUUAGUCUACAGGUGAAAGAAAUGGCUAUAAGGAAGGUGGGCGGAAUGGCAUUCUGGGAUUUUAUUGACUUCAUUGUACGCACACGCAUACCUAUCUUUGUCCUGUUGCGGCCCUUCAUUCAGUGUAAGCUCCUGACACAGCCUGCCGAGUCUCAGGAAGAGAUCACAGCGCGGCACCACAUUGCGGAUCAACUGGAGAGACGCUUUAUCCCGCGGCCACUCUGCAAGAGCUCUCUGUUUGCAGAAUUUAGUAACGAGCUGAAGAUCCUAAAGGAGGCAGUGCACAGUGGCUCAGCAUAUCAGGGAAAGACGUCUAUUAGUACGGUGGGAACAUCCACAUCAGCCUACCGCUUAAGUCUGGCCACCAUGUCCCGUUCAAACACUGGCACAGGGACGGUCUGGGAGCAGGACAGCCAGCCAUCACGCCAACCAUCCCAAGACACACUUAGCCGCACUGAUGAGGAAGAUGAAGAGAAUGAUUCCAUGAGUAUACCCAGUGUUGUAAGUGAGCAUGAGGCAUUUAUUCCAAGUGCUAUCACUCAUCGACGCUUUUCCAGCCAUGCCACUGGAACUUCACAGCCUGAACACAUCAGUGGCACCAUGCUUCCGAGCCACAGUGAACCCAAUGUGCUAGAUGAGUGCCAGGGACUGCUGGACGAGGGUAACCUGUCUAGGGUGGCAAGUGUCCAGAGUGAGCCUGGUCAACAAAAUAUGCUGAUCCAACCACCCUUAGGUAGAAAACGUGGCUUGCGGCAGUUGCGACGCCCCCUGUUGUCCAUACAGAAGGUGCCAACAGAGUCUCGUGGUCGCAGUGGAGCUAGACUUUCCACCACGCGCAGGAGCAUCCAACCCAAGAACAGACCACUGGAAACUUUAUUGGACUGUGAAGCUCAUGGGGAACAGAAGCGCUCUGUAACUUUCACUGAGACACAGCCGGAGACCUGUUGUAAAUCUCCCCCAGAGAAAAGAAAGCCUAGUCCUCCUGCAUCUCCUCCCAGUGUUGCUGUGAAAGCAGUUCUGGAAAGUCCUGGUUGCCCACAGACUACUACCUCAGCAGAGAGCAAGGAGAUGAAAGAAAUGGCCACAUUGAGCAACCAACUAUCUCCACCUCCUCACGUGUCACCUCACACCAUUUCUUGUCCUUCUACCCCUGUGUCUCGCUCAUUGUUUCCUCUAGCACCCACUUUGGUUUCUCUUCCAUCUCAUAUCGGAGAGAGCCCAGAAGAUGAAGAAACAUCCUUACUACUGCACCAUCCAGACCCAGCCCUAACCCAAAGAAAGGAGCAUGGGACAGAGAACCCCCUCCUGAAACCCCUCCUUCCACAGCCAGAGAUCUCCUGUGCCUCUCCUUUCACGUUAUCACCUGUAGACCUUGAUCUAAAUGAGUCACAUGUCUGAAAUAUAUUGUACAGUGUAGUCAGGUUGUACCAUCAAGCUGGCAAUUUUGCUGCAUAUUGGGUAAAAAAAGUAGCAGCCUAUUGACACAUUGCUUUCAGAGUGACCACAGCAAGCUACAUGUGAAAUACUAGUCUAGUCAGUUUUAUUUAGUAUAGCGCAUUUAACAUGCACAAAGUUGCUAAGAUGCACAUGUUACUAAGACACACCUAAACUAUUAUCAAUAAAUUAUAGAACAUUAUUGGGUAAUUAUUGUAGGUAAUAUCAGGGCUUUAGAGUGCGACCAAAAUUGUAAAGGCUGUGGCUAAAAUCUUUCCAGGGUCACACAGGUGCACCUAACGUCAUAAGGGUGAGCGCUUUCCUCGCAUCUGCUGCUGUCAAACUAAGCGUUUGUUCUCCUUUGACUAGUAUUGCACUACAAAAGUAUCACAAUACCCUGAAAUUAGAAACGUCACAAUACAUAAUUGUAUUAGUUAUCAAGACUUUUAAGAAUGACAGUGUUGUUUUUCAACAAGAUAGGCCUACGUAUUUCAUGAAAUUUCGAAAUUCUUCAAUUGGUAUCUGUAUCGAAACAAUUUUGGUAUUGUGACAACACUACCUUUGACUGAACUCACACUCAUGGUAGGAUCAUAUUGUGGUCUAAAUCAGAGAGAGAGAGAUGGGGUGGGUCUUUGCCUCUGAUUGGCUGUGGUCCAGAUAUUCCUGUACACUGCAUAUGGGGUGCACCUAAAUGUUGUGCUGUAGCAGCCAUAGAUAUUAGAAAGCUAGAUACCGCAUUGGGCUCCCAAACGUACGUAAAUAGCGUCGUCAUCUUGGUGGGGGCAACAAUAACUGGAGGCCAAUGGAGGAGCAUGUGACUCUGACUGGAAAUCAAACAGGUGUCUCUGAUUGCGACAAGUGUUGCUGUCACUCUCCCAUAGACAUAGUAAACAAUAGUAAACAUGCUGCCCCCAGCAAUAUGGCUGCCGCGUUUACAUAUGCCACCUAAUAGAACUCGUGCCCAAUGCGGUAUCUAGCUUUCUAAUAUCUAUGGUAGCAGCUAAAUAAAAAGGUUAGGUGCACCAGUGCAACCAAUCAAAAAGCUAGUCUGGAGCCCGUAAUAUGUAGAUAAAUACAGAGAAGCAAUUCUUAGAAACACCUUCUGUAUUACCCAUCAAUUCAAGUUACAAAUGAAGUUAUCCCAGGUUUAAUCAUGCUUUACCUAAAAGAAUACAUUUCCAAAAAAUACUUCUUAUAUAAUAUGUAUACCCAUUUAGUUGCAACAACAUUGCAAAACUGUAAUUCCAUCAGGGAUUUUUGGUAUUCAUUAGUACACCAUGUAGUAGUAAGCAUUACUGAGUUUAUGUUCUUCACAGUGAUAAUAAUGUGUUAAUGUAGGCUAUGUCCCAGUGUGCAAAUAUCUCUCAAAGCUGUCACUGGGGAGUGUGUGAUGUGUGAAUGUGCCUGAAAGUAACCAGUGUAAUCAAAGAAACAAUGCAGUGCAAAUUGUGUAGCCCAGCUCUAGUCACAUUGGCAUGCACCAUUCACUGUUAUCAUAAUAUGUUUGACACCCAACCCACCCCACCUUCAGCUUAUAUGUUUAUACACACUUUCAUGUAAUCUAAAGGAAAAUGUGGAAUUACACUGGAAAGUCUUUUUUUUAUUUUGGGGUCAGAUGUACAGAUCACCAUGUUAGCAAUCGUUUUACUGUAGGUGUAACUUUCACUAUGUGCCUGAAAACAUGGCAUUGUUUGUAGAAACCACAUUGUGGCUAAAACUGUGCUCCACCUGAGAAUAUACAAAGAAUAAGAAAUUCUACUCCUCUGAUUUAUGCAUACGUGGGAUGUUCUUAGGAAAAUUGAAGGACAAAAUUAACCCAGCUCGAGUUGCUGCAGCCGACAGCUAAAGCAACCAGGCUGCUAUACUGUAAGCGCUACACUCUGGGAGCAUGUUCAUGAGACCCCACGUUCAUGCACCUAAAGCUGUAGUUUUAAAUAACAUGAAUAGGAGAAACUUCCAGAAACAAUGGAGUAGAAAGCUGAGCUCUAGUUUGCUUAUAUGCCCCAUGUUAAGCUUUAUUAUGUUUACCUUCUUAUAUCAGCCACUUCCCCUUAUGUAGACGACUGUGAUUCUAUUGAACUUAGUUAGUUUUGUUUAAAAUUGGUUGCUCCAAUAAUGUGAUCAGUCACAGACUUAGGACAUUCUGCGUUAAAUGGGCAAACAGUACCAAAUCUCUGUCUAUGUUGCAUACUCUAACAUAUCUAAAAUACUCCCGAGCAUUGUGUUAAGAGUGGAGGUUGUUUUAAAAUAACACAAACAUAAAAUAACACAAACCAGCUUGAACCAGUUUUGGCCAAGACAGUCGAGGCUAAAGACUACAUAUAGCAUAAACAUAUUUAUGUGACGAAAAUAUAUGUGGAUGACUGUUUCUGCAUCAACAGCAAUUGGCUUUUUGCUGAAUGUCACAAGGCUCACACAACAGGGUUAAUCACAUUUGCUUGUGAAGCAAUAAAAUUGAUUCUGACACAUAAGACUCUAUUUUUGCGAACGGAAACGCCUGGUUAGAAGGUGUGUCCAGUCCACAUUCACUCAUUUAACAACGUGAUUUUGUGAUCAGAGGCCAGGCGCAUUGUUCAAAAGAGUUGUUCUUGUGUUUCUUAAUCAGUCAUGGGGGUGUUUUGGGCGUUACAUCCUUUAAAGCAAUGAGAGUGACAUCUGACAUUCCCUUUAACAGCAAGCAGUGCAACAUCAAACAGUGUGUUGGUAUUUUGACAGUCAGCGCAUUGAAGGAAUUUGAAUUCAAGGAAGGGUUUUUCUUGGUUCUUGGUUGUCUUGGAUUAGAGGAUGUAAGAGCGAUUUUAGGAUCAUGCGCCAGACAACACCUGUUUCGUUAAUUUACACACCCCUGGGUGCGAAAGGGGGGGCUCAUGGCGAAAAAUUAAUCACUGAAUUGGGUGUAAAUUAAGAACAAACCUUGCGUUGUGCUUUAUGUCGGGUGUAUGAUGGGGCUCAUAGACCCUUGCAUCAGUGUUGAUGGUUGGGAAAAAAUGAUCUUGAUAUGCUUUUGUACUAAACAAUAACAUACAGAUGAAAUGUUAAAGCAGGUCAACAUUAUUACCAAUUUGCCUAUUGCUGAAUCAAUGUCAGAAUUAAUUCUAUCGCUCAACAAGCAGAUAUGAUUAGACCUGUUUUCCGGUUUACAAUACAUACCGUUAACUUAAUUUGGACAGCUGUUGCUUUGAUUAAUUGCCUAGUUGUAUUUUUGUUUUAUAUAUUUCUUUUUGUUUUAAACUAAAAUGAUGUAUGGCUCCUUUAAUGUGAGUAAAUAUGAGGAUUGCUUUUUUAUGAAUUAACCCCAGUAUAGUAUGGAUUUGGCAUGGCAAGGCUACAACUUGUUAAGUGAAUUCGUUGUAGUCAGGAUUUGUUCCUCUGCAUGAAAAUUUAGCUAGCAGAGUGAUAAAUUACAGUCAGUGUGCUUUUCCAUGAACCUCUUUCGAAUGCACAGUUAUCUGUUCAGAAAACAAAAGGAAGCAGCACUUCUUCGUUCACUGCUCAAUGUAAUUAUAUUAAGCUGUUCCAUAAGCGGAUAUUUAGACUUCAGCCAAGCAAACUAUUUGUAGCUGUCUGUAUGUGUAAAAUGUAAGCUUAUGUGUCUAUGUGUCCAUGUAUCCAUAUUACAUUCUGUAUUUAUUGAAACAAAAAGUGAAUUAAACCAUUUCUAUUUAAAAAAUAUAUGUACAUGAAAACAAAUUCAAUAAAGUAUAUCUGCAAGCAGCAAU